AUGGUCCGCCAGACGCUCAAACUUAUGCAAUCCGUGUCUCAAUUGGCGGGCCAGGAGAACGAGCGUUCGGAAAGUACGAGACAUGUGUCAAAUUUACUCGGACAGCAGCUGAUCAGGGUCAUGAGCGGGAACAACACCUCUUCUGACCACUGCGUCUCCGUGUCUCUGGACUUGCAUGAACCCAUGUGCACCGUCACGCCUUUGAUAUUGGAGGAGAAGGUAGAGAUGGGAAAGACGGCCACCGAUCCGAGCGCGCAAGUACAGCUGUCAUACCUGCAGUACUGGAUGGAUCCAUCACGCAGGAAUAUUCUUGAGGCGUGUUGUUGUCCGACGAUCCUCGUGGGGCUGGCAGGCCCUCACAUGUGUAUCAUGGGGGCUGUGUUACUGGACAAGACGGUAGUGCAACAUUUCACGGGUUGGAUGUUCAUCGGUGAGGACCGCACGACCGGCCUCGAUCAGGUCAACGAUCUGGGUAGCCCAGGUGUGGAUAGGUUGGCACAGGGCCGACAUUUCGGGCGAUUUUUCCCAUGGAUCGACUCUUAUCCAAGCAACGGUCAGGUGAUAAAGUUUGACUACAUCAAAGGACUUCAACAGCAUGAGUCGUGCACAACGUUCCUAGCGCGGAAGGUGGUCGAUGGGGAAAAAGAGGAGCUCGUUGUGAUCAAGUUUGUGGACACUUAUAGCAAGAAGGUCCACGAAUUCAUGGCGGAAGAAGGGCUCGCUCCACGGUUGAUUUACUUUGUUGAUCUCGCGGAUAGAUUCUCGGAGCAAAACUACCAGGGCUUGAGCAUGGUCGUGAUGGAGCACUUGGAGGGAGACACCUUGGAGGCGAAGUACUGGGAUCGUGCGCUCCCGAGCGAUGUUCGUGGGAGCAUCGCUCAGGCGAUCGAGACUUUGGCGAAGGCAGGGUUCGUGCACGGCGACCUGAGGAGGCCGAACGUGAUGAUCGACAGCGAGGGCAAGGUCAAGAUCAUUGACUUUGAUUGGGCAGGUAGGGAGAUGGAGGUCCGGUAUCCCCUUCGUAUAUCAUCUUUUUUGUUUCCGGAAAAUCAAGGUAUCGAAGGGCGGGGAGAGAUACGCAAUGCACACGACAAGUUUAUGCUUGAGCUAUUGUAACUUGGUUCGGGUUGAUCGCGGACCCGUGUUCUUGUACGUUACCUACAGUCUCCUCACUAGCCUUCCUUUUAUGUUCCGUUUGUCGAUAUGUGCCUAUUUGACUACCAUCUUGUUAGGAAGCUUUU